AUGUCUACGAGCUACGACAAGGUUGUUAAGCUCGCCUGUAAGCCGAAGGCGGCUCCGCCGAAGCCGAAGUACCUCGACCCAAUCAUCGCCGCGACCUGGUCUGAAGAUGGCGCCGUACAUGAUGUCUGCAGGGCUCUCAUGCCGCGCUUCCGGGAACCCAACGCCAUUGUCGUAUUCAAGGCCCUCAUCGUCCUGCACACCAUGAUUCGGAAUGGUGCAACCGACAAUGUCCUCUCCUAUCUCAGCUCUUCCGAUAUCCUUCGCUUGAAAAACAUAUCUGCCGGGGCGCAUUGGGAAGGUUACCACGCACCACAGAACCUGCAGAGCUACGCUAUCUAUCUGGACACCAGAAUCAAGGCGUACCGGGACCUGAAACAUGACGCCAUACGAGUCCAGUCGGAGACAAACCGGGACAUGCGAAACUCCGCGGCAAUCGAAGAGGACAGGUGGCAGGAUCAGGAGGAGCGGGCGGGAAGGCGGUUUGGACGCAGGAAGGGGCGUUUGAGUGACGACUUAGGGUCACAGCCAUCAUCGUCGCUGCCGCAGAGGAGUCAGACGAUAGCGGGAAGGAAGUUGCGGGUGAUGACAGUCGAGAAGGGGUUGCUGAGAGAGACGAAGACUGUGCAGAAGAUGAUCGAUGCACUCGUGGAGUGCAGGUUCUAUCUGGACAACCUUGAAGAUGAGCUCAACAUUACGGCACUGCGAAUGCUCGUCAAAGACCUUCUUAUCCUAUUCCAAGCAUGUAAUGAAGGCGUAAUCAAUGUUCUAGAACACUACUUCGAGAUGUCGAAAAUCGAUGCAAGGGACGCUCUUAGCAUAUAUCGACAUUUCUGUAAUGAGACAGAAAAAGUGGUUGAGUUUCUCGGGGUAGCGAAGAAGCUGCAGAACCUGUUGAACGUUCCCAUCCCCAACCUCAGACAUGCCCCUGUCUCGCUCGCAGGAGCGUUGGAGGAGUAUCUGAACGAUCCCAACUUUGAGCAGAACCGGAUUGAGUACAAAUCAAACAAGGAGAUUGCAGACCGGGAUGCAAGGAACGGGGUUAGGUCAGCGCCAAAGCCGGCUGAGAAGGGUAUGUCGGCAUCGAAACGGGAGACCGGCAAUGCUCCUAGUACCUCAUCGCCACCACCCUCAGUGGAGUCGAGACCUGCUAGUAACCAAGCAAUGAUCGAUUUCUUCUCUUCUAUUGAGGGGGAGCAGCAACAAAUGUUCAACGCGCAGGCGGGAAGUCCAACACCAGCAGCGUAUCUCCAACAGCAAGCUGCAUUCAACCCGUUCCAGCAACAGCUUGCCCAGCAACAGUUCGGAGCUGCACAACCGUUCGCCGCUCCUCAGCAACAAGUUCAGAUGCAGCCAACUGGCUUUGUCCCGACCCAGCAGACUGGCAUGAAUCCGUUUGGUCAGCAGCAGCAAACACAGCAGCCAUUUGGCGGGCUUGUACAAUCUCAGCAAACCGGGUUUAUUCAGCCUCAACAAGCCGGGUUCUUGCUACCUCAAACGACUGGUGCGAACCCCUUCCGACAGAGUACGCUCUUUCCUCAGACAACAGGAAUGCCGGCAGGGUCGCCAUUUGGUUUGCAGCAACAACCACAGCAGGCGCAACCUCAACUGCCUUUCCAGACGGGAUCUGCGAACCCUUUCCCCCAGACCAAUGCGUUCGGCGGUCAGCAGCAGUCUCCUAACCCAUUCCCUGGUGUUGGGCAACCAACGGGCUCGAAUCCGUUCCCGGGGCUUAGCCAGCAACAGCAACAGCCGAGCUCGAAUCCUUUCCCCAACUUCACCUCUACGUUGUCACUAGGCAAUCAACAGCCCUUUACGUCGCAGUCGAACUUGGCGUCAUCAACAAAUCCGUUCCCCUCCUUUGCUAACAAUACGUCGAAUCUCGCAUCGCCUCUUGCACAACCAGCGUCAUCGACAUCUUCGGCUCAUGCCCUUCCACGAUCAGCGUCUGUACCGCUGAGCGGCCACCUGUCAGGCUCGAACCCGCCACCACUAAGGACACACCAGACGGGUUCGCGGAAUCCAUUUGGGCAGCCAGUGGCCCCUGCGCCGCCUGUGCCAAAGGUGCCCACCCUGUUCGAGCUAGCAAGUGGCUUCUCCCAGCCCCAGCAGCCGCAAGCAAACGGUCAGAUAUCACCUACAGCGUUGCAGCCUCAACAGACCGGGUUCGCAGGACAGAACGGCACCCUCAUCUCUAACGUUGCGUCGUCAUUUGCUCUCGGGAGCAGCAGCAGCAGCCCGGACACCAACACAUCACCUGCACCUUCGUUCGGCCUUGGCUCUACCACUUCCCCAACAGGCUCAAGUUUCUCUACUUACGCCUUCUCGUCUCUGUCCAGCCAGCCGACAGGCGCGACCUCAACAGGCACCGGUGCAUUGCAGCCGCAGAAGACCGGCUUCGGGGGUAUCAAGCCGUUCAAGCCGUCGUCAUCGUUCGGCGCGCAGCUCCUCGACUCGCUGCCGCCCAUCCCGCAGUCAGCACCGACGACACCGGACCUCGGCGGGCAGUCGAAACACAACCCGGCAGCGUCGCUCGGCAGCAGCUCAUUCCUGAACUCGCAGCCCACCGGGCUGGCGGGCAAGUCGCCCGGUGUCGGCCUGCGGCCGCAGAUGACCGGCGCGGCCGGCGUAGCGAACCCCUUCCGGGCGACGAUGUUUUCGCUGUCGCCGAACACAACGGGCGCGCCGUUUGGCGGGCUGAAUGCAGCGCCGGCGGGUAACGCCUUCGGUGGCAUGUCGUCGCAGCCGACCGGGUUCACGGGCGGACCGAACCAGAACCUGUUUGGCGCCGGAGGGAACUUUGGGCUCUCCGCAGGGUCGGCUGGCACUCAGCAGCAGCAAAGUGGACAGCAGCAGUCUCUGAUCUAG